UUUUAUUUGAUGUUCACAUCCUGCCCUUCAAUUUGUCUGGGAUUGACAAGCAAUGCCUAGAAUUGAUUAGCUGAAACAUGGAAGGAACCAAACUUAGCCUAGAAGAAUGCUCCUGUCCCAUCUGUAUGUCCGUGUUCAUCGAACCUGUCACCAUGCCCUGCAAACACUCCCUGUGUAUGCCGUGCUACAGGCAGACUGUGGAAAAGGCAAAUCUUACUUGCCCUGUGUGCAGGCUGCGCAUAUCAGUUUGGGCCAGGAAAGCUACCAAGGCUAACUCACUGAUUGACAGGAAGAAAUGGGAUGCUGUGAGGAGGGCGUUUCCUGAAAGGGUACAGAGAAGAAUAGAUGGGAAAGAGAAUGAUGAUGAAGAAGAUUCUGUGUUGGAAACUUUUGAAGCGCAGCUGCGCAAGCUGAAAGAGUUGUCUAAACCAGGUGAAAUCAGGGAAGAAUAUGAAGCAGAGCUAAGAAAGCUACAACAACAAAGAGAUGAGGAGGCCAAAAAGGAAGAGGAAGCCAGUGCAGCUCUGAUACGGGCUCUGCAACAACAAGAGGAGAAAGAAUUAGAGGAGCUGAAUAGACAGAGGGAAGAAAUGGAGAGAAUUGACAGAGAGACAGCCAAGCAAGUAUUUCAAGAAGUAGCCGUUGACCAUAGAGAAAUACAAAGUCCCACAGCCACCAAGCAGAAGCAGGUGACUCGCGGCACCAAGAAAGGCAAAGUCUCCCAACCCAGCCAACACUCCAGCAACCACCUGACACUGAACACCUUCUUCUCACCCAAACCCCGCCACGCCGUCAGUGCCCCCGCCGCGGCGGACAUGCAGCAUCAACCCUGCAGUAGCUCCAAUACUUCAUGGAGGGGGUUCGCACCCUGCUCCCCUAUUCGCUCCUCCAGUCAAGUCAGUAACGACGACACAAUCUCUAGUGAAUAUACAGACGCGUUUCUCCCUGGAUCUUCAAGACUUUUCCAGCCCAUAGCCGGGUGUGAAAGGACGCCCCCUAAACAAUUACCUGAUGGACGGUUUCUUGAUCCAGUUGUUGUGAGCUCAACUCCUAAAGCUCUCUUUCCUUUAUCUCCCAAAGGUUCUCCUGGCUGUAGUCUAAAUCAGUUAUGUAACACAAAUAGUCCGCACAACAGCCAAGCCAGUUCUGAAAAUUCCUCACCUCCAGUUUUGUGUGACUCAAGUUCCUCAUCCACUGUCUCAUCCGUCGUCAAUUUUUUUGGUAAAUAUUUCAGAAAGGUGAGGAAAGAGGAUGGCGUGGAGGUGUUAGACAGCUCAGCAGCUGUGGAAGAUCUGUCUGGAACAUGCAGUAAAGCUGGUAGCACUAGAGACCAGGUGCAUGUGGAACCGCAUGCACCUGCUGGCGUUAAAGAUAAUCCACCUACUGGUAUUAAAGAUAAUCCACCUACUGGCGUUAAAGAUAAUCCACCUGCUGGUAUUAAAGAUAAUCCACCUGCUGCACUGAGCAGAGCUCAUGGAUCUAAAGCACCAACACCUACUUCCAUGUGUACAGCUAAUAGAGCUAAAGAUAGCAAGCCAGCAGUACUUGGUGCAUCUGAUGCAAUUGUUGACAGUUUGAAUAACGAUAACCCCACAGAACAACAAGCCAUCAACCGUUUGAGCACUGAUAUUAAUCUUGGCCCCUCUCAUAAAUCCCCAGUGACAAGUGAUAAAGAUGACAUUAUUUCCGUAAGUGACAUCAGCGAUGAUGACACAGUUAUUUAUUCUGAUUUCGAAGGAGAAACAAGCACACCAAAGCACAGAGAUUCUCCUAGUUCAGUGUGCUCCAACAUGGAGUCGUAUCACAAUGAUGAAACUAAAAUAUUGUCUCAAAGAAAACCAAUGACUGAAGGAAAUAACAAAGGGCGCUGUGAUGAUGUAGAAUGUUUUUUCGAUGGAUAUGACUCUGAUCAUUUAAUUUCUAAAAAGAAGGGAAAACCUUUGCAAUGUGAGUUAUUCCCAUCAGUUCGUCUUUCACGUUUAUCUAACAACAAUGUAUCAAGUUGCAACAGCAAGCGUACUGCUGCCCAUAUAAAGGGUAAACGUAAGUCAAAAUGUAAUAAUAACAAUAAUACGUUGGAUGGAUAUGUAAUGAAAAACAUUACACAAUCUUCACUUCAGGAGUGUAGCAGCACCCAAGAAGAAAAGUCAGUGAGUUGUGAUAGGUUAAGUGACGCUAGUGUCAGUUGUGAUAAGUCAAACAGCAGUUUUGGUGAGGCAGAUUUGGAUGUAAGUGAUGAUGUGAGGCGCACCAUGAGCCAGGAGGAGAUAGACCACAUGCUUGCUGUGAAGCUGCAACAGAUGUAUUCACGCCUUGAUAAGAAGGGAAUCAGGGUUGAUCGUUUCCAAGGCUCUGGAGGGGAAUAUUCGUUCAGACCAAAGCGACAACGCAGAACUUGAUAGUUGAGGUAUUCAGUUAUUUGAACAAGGCUAAACUUAAUAUUCUAGGAUAGUUGGGUUUUUUUUUUUAAAUUGUAUUAAUUUCAUCUGGUCGAGUAGAGAAAUAUUUU